ACCUUCAAAGCAAAGAAGCAGAAACAGCUAUGCCCCGGAAAGUCUGACCAACAAGCAUGGGUGGAGUAACGGGUCUUUAUCGCACAUAGCUCGACCUUUACCUCAUCAUAAACGCUUCAUAAGAGCUGGGCCAAGAGAAAGAGGGUAGCGGAGGGAAUCGACCGUUUCAUAUGCGCAGCUGCAAACCCUACUUUCUCAAAAGCCAAUCAAGCUGCAGCAUCAACACAAAACUAAAAGCUGUCUUGGCGCAUCCUCCCACUGACACAGUAUACUGCUGCUCCUACUGUAUCUGAGACCGAAAGAGGAACGGAGGACGCCGGAAGGUUAAAAAAAAGAAAAAAGAAAAAGAGACGCAAUGACAAGGAGAUACUUCUAGCUGUGAAGACGAGGGACAGCCAAGGAUUAAGAGGGGGGAUUGUGGCGGCCACAGCGGUCUUCAGCAGAGGUUGGUCAUGAUCGGACGCGCAUUAUGGGUAUGUAAGACUCGGGCAGGAAAGAGGGGUAGCAAGCCUGGGAUUCUGCCUUUUCUAUGCGCGGUGAUAGCGUGCUCAGCCCUGUCGGCUCUGCUUUUCGUGGACUUCAUUGAAUCAUGGGUCACCUCCAUGGGAAUGAACACGGUGGUGGAGCCGCACAUCGGGAUCAUCCCACCGCAAAGCGUCCCUCCUACCAGACCGGAGGAAUUUUUGCUCAUGCCUAGCCCACUUGUGUGCCAACGUGCCAAGCCUUACCUCAUCAUGAUGGUUACUUCGGCUCCUGCCAAUCAGAGGGCCCGCCAAGCCAUCAGGGACACUUGGGGAGGGGAGGUGGAGGUGAGAGGUCUGCGGGUCAUGACCCUCUUCAUGGUCGGCGUGGCGUCUGACCCCGGACUGGCUAAGCUGCUGAUAGAAGAGGCUCGGGAGAAGGGAGACCUGGUUCAGGGGCGUUUUUUGGACACGUACUCCAACCUCACCCUGAAGACUCUGUCCAUGCUGGGCUGGACCCGGAGGUUCUGCCCUCAGGCUCACUUCAUGGCCAAAGUGGAUGAUGAUGUCCUGUUCAAUCCCAGCGCUCUCCUACACUUUCUGAAUAAGAGCCGUAACCCCUAUGAACAAGGAGACUUGUACCUUGGCAGGGUGCAUCUCCAUGUGGCUCCCGACCGGGACCCGGACAGCAAGCACUACCUUCCCUCAGGAGCCUACCCUCCUUCUGUCUUUCCAGACUAUUGCAGUGGCACAGCCUAUGUAUUGUCCCGGUCUGCAUUGCUCAAAAUUUCCCUGGCAGCCUCUGCAUCACCUUUAUCCACACCUCUUCCGCCCGAGGAUGUGUUUGUAGGCUUGUGUGCCCGGGCAGCUGGAGUGCUCCCCUCACACUGCCCUCUCUUCUCCGGUGGACCAAGUAUGCCGUACGGACGCUGCUGCUAUCAGGCCAUGGUGUCCAUCCACCACAUCCCACCCAGAGACAUGCUGCACUAUUGGGCUGAUGUGCAUUCACCACCUCCCUGCUCCUGGUUGAAUGUACGUGCUUCUUUGGGGAUUUGCAAAGUCCGAGCGAUGCUGGGCACAGCUCUGGGGUUGGAGCAAGGAUUGUGAGGGUUAACGGAAAGCAAACUCUGACUUAUUUGGAGGCUGUGCCUCGCUUCAAUACUGUGAACAGCACAAGUGCUCUUUAGGCUGCGAAGCUACACGUGCACUACGAAAAUGCUACUUUGUUUAAUUUGAAAGCUUUAUUUUUUUAAACACCUCAACGUACUUAUGUAUCUUAUUUUGCUGAAAAGGGAAGAUCAGCUGGUAGUACAGGGAGCUGUCAGGAUCAGCUGUAGUAUAGGGGUGUCUGCUGCCUCCCACAUUAUUACACUGACACGAACUGUAGAUGUAGAGCAAAGUUUAGCAUGCUGAUGCUUUACAGUAAGGACGCACAGCAGCAACUGCACAUUAAAACAACAUUGUUUGUCUAACUAAGUCUAAUGAUUAUAGGCUGCUACUUUCAACACCUGCACAGGCCUAUAGUCUAGGCCAAGUAUAAUAGUUUAAAUGCAUGUUCACAAAAAAUAGGACUGAUAUAAAAUCACAGGCUUAUUACACAGCAAUAACGAAGUUUUAGAAUCACCAAUAAUGACUAGAGUAUUUUAUUUUAUUUUUUUUUUAAGGAGGGAUUUAUGAUGUUAUUCAGCCACAAGGGCACAAUAUUCACAUACAAUAGGAAGGGAUUACCUCGAUUAGAUACAGGGAUCUUUGGGGGGGGGGGGGGUCAUGAAGGCUUCACAUUACAUUAAAUAGCUGAAACAGAAUGCAUGAUAAUUAUUUUCUUAAACAACUGAAAAUAAAACUAAUGUGAUGCACAGCUGAAUAUUUAUGUAUCUGACAAGUAUUACUUAUAAGAUUCCUUUCUUAUGGCGAGAUUACACACUGACUGGCAGCUUUGCAAUGCUGUGUGAGUUUUAUGGUCAACUGUGCCAGACUCGGAUGACGUACAUUUUCAAUGAGGCUGCUAUUUGUCAAUAAAACCUCGGGCUGUUAUUCUCACCCACAAUGUUAAAGGGAAACGUUGAUCCACUGUACUCAGGAAAAAUAUGUAUGACAUUAAAGCAACCAAUAAACUACUCAGUAAUGAAAAAUAGGUCUGU